GUGCGGUGCAUGUAUAAAUAAACACGAAAUCGCUGCGAAUUCAAUCGUUUCUUGCUGCUAUUACGAACCACAUCGCUAAAAACAAAUUAAACAUGUUUAGAUUGAUAGUAAUUGGUGCAGUUUUAAUACUGGGACUUACCGACGCAGCUUAUUUUCCGAGUUAUAUUGCACCAUGCAGCCGAUCGGACCCGAAGUUGAACGAAUGCGCGAAGGAACACGGCAGGCAAGCGAUCCCUAACAUAGUUAAAGGUGACAAAAAAUUGAAACUACGUCCGUUGGAACCGCUCGCAAUUCCUGAGAUUAAUAUCGAUACAAAUAACCUCAAAAUUCAUCUGGUUAAUUCGAAACUUCGUGGUUUGUCGACUUUGGACCUGCAAGAUGUUAACUUGGAUCUAAACGCGAAGAAAAUGCGCUUGGAAUUUAUCACUCCGCAACUGGAUAUUGACGGGACUUACAACAUCAGCGGGCAGAUUUUAAUUCUUCCUAUCACCGGCAGUGGGAAACUCGAAGCGUCAAUCUUUAAUGCAAAAAUCGGCUACGAAUUUGAUUUUAACUUGGUGGAGCGUGAUGGUAAGGCUUAUAUUGACCCUCAGCCUCCUGCGGUUACUCUGGAAGCACCUAAAUCUGCGUAUCAUUUGGAGAAUCUUUUCAAUGGCGAUAAACGCCUGGGCGAUGAGAUGAACAAGUUUCUGAAUGAGAAUAACGAUGUGAUGUUGAAGGAAAUCGGGCCGAGUAUUCGUGAGACGAUCUCGGCGAUCGCGCAAGACAUCGUGCAGAAAAUCAUCGCGUCGCUGCCGUACGAUGAGUUAUUAGCGCCAUAUAGAAACAGCCGUGAUCUUAAUAAGAUAUGGUCAGCAACAGUUUAUAAUUACCAAUUCAACAUGAAGGCGUUCCUGGUGCUGUUUGCUGUUGUGUUGGUUGCAUACAGUGCAAAGUUACCGGAUUAUCUUAAUAAAUGCAAGAAGGGCAAAGAUGGCGUGCAGUGUGUGAUUGAAAACACAAUGGCGGCUGUAAAUAAAAUCAAAAUUGAUGGUGAGCCUAAAUUUAAACUACAAAACUUAACACCCGUGAGAAUCCAGGCGAUUGAUCUACAGGCGACUCCACAGUUGAAAAUUGCGAUCAAAGAUGGCGAGAUUUACGGUUUUGACACUUUUACCAUUAAAGACGGAUAUAUUGAUGAUGAAAAAAUAUCCAUCCAGGCGCAUAUCGAUACAAAAUUGGAUUUAAUCGGGAAAUAUGAGAUGGAUGGCAGGAUUCUUAUCCUUCCAAUCAAAGGAGCCGGCGAUUGUAACCUCACUUUUGUUGAUUUUGACAUAAAUUACGAAGGAAAAUUUACAAAAGAAGAACGCAAAGGUAAACAAUAUCUCCAGGUGUCGAAUGACAACACAACAUUGAAAAUAGAUAACGUCAAACGUGUCUAUUGGCGUUUUGAUAAUCUAUUCGACGGUGACGAGCGCUUAGCACCGGAAAUGAAUCGCUUCCUCAACGAGAAUUGGAAGGAAGUGUUCGCAGAGGUCAAGCCGGCCAUCGAACAAGCCGCUGCGUUUGCUGUCAUUAACUACUAUGUGAAUGGCUUUCUACAUUUUAUACCUUUAGAAGAAUUGUUUCAAUGAUUUUUGUAUACAUGUAUAAGUAUAAUAAAUAGAGUAUAUUUGGUUGCAUA